GCAUUGCAUAGCCCCACACAGUAUUCCACCAAAACAAGUGUGCAAUUCUCUAUCACCUCGUACCAAAAUCGACCUAGAAUUUCACUUUCCUAUAUUUUAUAUGAAUUAUGAAAGGUAUUCUCGGAGGAUCUAUUUUCUCACCGAUACCGCACAGUUCCUGGAUUAUUAACAGAUAGGUGGACCAUGGAAUUGAGGAAAUUAUUCCAGCUCAGUGUGUGUUUCAUGUUGAUUCUGGUAGAGGCAAGGAAUAGUAAAUCAAGAGAACAUCAAGGACCACCGCACAUUAUCUUCAUCGUAGCUGAUGAUUUGGGUUGGGACGAUGUCAGUCUGCAUGGAUCAAGCCAGAUACUCACUCCGAACAUCGACGGGUUGGCACAAGAGGGUGUGACGUUGACAAACUACUAUGUGUCACCCAUCUGCACUCCGACAAGAAGCGCCAUCAUGACGGGCAGGCACCCUAUUCAUACAGGCAUGCAACAUGAUACAAUAGCAGCUGAUGAGCCAUGGGGACUGGGUCUGGAUGAGAAGACUAUUGCCCAACAUCUGAAAUCAUUGGGAUACAGCACUCAUGCAGUUGGGAAGUGGCAUUUGGGAUAUUAUGCGGAGGAGUACAUUCCAACGAAGAGAGGGUUUGAUUCAUUCUUUGGCUACUACAACGGGAGAGGGGACUACUUUACACAUGAGGAUAAUAAGGCUGGUAAUGCCGGUUACGAUCUUCACAAGAAUGGGGAGGUCUACUGGAGCGCCUUUGGUCAGUAUUCUACAGAAAUCUUCUCCAGAGAAGCUCAGCAGAUUAUCAUGGACCAUAAUGCCUCUCAGCCGCUGUUCUUGUAUCUUGCACACCAAGCAGUGCAUGCAGGUGUAUAUGAAGCUCAUCUGCUAGAGGCUCCGGACAAGUAUUAUCAGAGGUUCCCUCAUAUCAAAACAGAAGGGAGAAGGAAGUAUGCAGCGAUGGUUGCGGGCUUAGAUGACUCAGUCGGGAACAUCUCCAAGACGCUACGGGAUACCGGUCUCUACGAUAACUCCAUCAUCGUCUUUACGACUGACAACGGAGGCCCCACCAAUGGCUACGACGGCAACCACGCCAGUAACUGGCCCCUGAGAGGGUGCAAGCAUACGCUAUGGGAGGGCGGGGUCAGGGGCACUGCCUUCGUGAACAGCCCCCUCAUCGAGAGACCAAGACGCUUCAGUGACCAGAUGAUGCACGUCUGUGAUUGGCUGCCAACGCUCUAUGGCGCCGCCGGAGGUGACCCGAAGGAACUUGUGAAUUUAGAUGGAUACGACCAAUGGGAUGCAUUGUCAACUAAUGCAAAGUCUCCUCGGAUUGAGAUUCUUCAUAACAUUGAACCAAUCUUCAACUACUCAGCUAUCAGGAUAGGCAAUUAUAAACUUCACUAUGGUGCUUUUUCAAGUCAUUAUUCUGGAUGGUAUCCGCCUGAAGGAGAGAGUUGGAAUGAAACAGAGAGAGUUCCCAAUGCAUUUGUAGUAAACUGUCCACCCAAACCAGAUAAUGCCUCAACAAACUGUGAUUAUGAGAACAACAAGCCUUGUCUUUAUAAUAUCAGAGAUGAUCCUUGCGAAUAUAAUAAUAUAGCAGAUUGGAACCAAGCUGUAGUCCAGAUCAUGACGUUAAGACUGGAGCAGCAUCGGCAAUCAGCAGUCAACCCGAGGAACCAGCCGGGCGAUCCUCAGAGCAACCCAAGACUACACGGAAAUGCUUGGGUACCCUGGGUGGAAUUAUAGCAGUAUUGGAAAGUUGUAUCGAAGUGAUGUCAUCACACGAAAAACUAUAAAAUAGAAACUAUGAAAUGAAAUUAUUUGUUUGUGUAUUUCAGCAUUUUUGCUACCAUGCUACCAUAUAUUGGCACAGCAUGAUGAAAAGCAUCCGCAACCAAAAUUUAGUCAUAUUGUUCCAAAGGGGCCUAGGAUAUGGCAGUGUGAAUACCAGCUUAGCCCCAUUUAAAUCAGUGUAUAGUGGCCUGGUUUCAAGCAGUUAUGAACUCAUUUUACAAUGAAUUUAAUGGGGCAUAUUAGGUAUUUGGCCAUACUUUGACCAACAAAUUAAAGAGCGAUUCAUGACCCAUUUUUUACAUGUAGGUUUGUCGUGCUCUUCCGAAUUAUGGCCAUGAAAAUACUGAAAUGCACAAAAAACGAUGACGACACACUUCCGUACUCUAUCAGGGUAAUUCCAUAAAAUAGUUUGCCAGCUUGUGAAAUUUUUUACGUAGCUGGUGGUGUUUUGUACUGUAAGCCGUUUGUAAAGUUAUGUGGGACCUUCACCACGCCUGUGUGGUUCUUAGGUGCAAAGUCACUAGCUACUAGCAUUGUGUAAGUAAACCUUCGCGCAUAGGCACGCGGCUGUGUAUAAAACAUAUGGGGAAAAUGAUAGAGGGGAUUCGGGAGAGGGCACAAGAGCGGCGUACGGGAAUAAAUUCCACCUUUCCUUUCCCACAAACCUCUAAAAUAUAUUCAUUUCUAAUUUUAGAAGAAAAAAAAUUGAAAGAAUUUUUUUUAAUGUGAAAAUCGUUUAUUCCUCUACCCCUCCACCAUUUUCCUCAGAAGUUUUGUACACAACCCAAAAUGGCGAUACGGGAAGGCUGGCAAAGGUUUACUUACUCAACGCUGUGGGGUGCUCUUCAUGAGCAUUUCAUUACGCGCUCUAUGUACUGUCCAGUCUUCCCUUAUAGUGUCUUUGUUUUUACCUUAAAUGUUGUCAUAUCAGGAUUUCAAGAAAUAUUGUUGACAAAGUGUAGUGAUGUGCGAACGGGUUUAAUAAUGAACUGAUACACGUGUAUGUGGGUGGAUGUGUGUUUGGGUGGGUGUGUGCGUGUGUAAUUGAGUUUUACUGACAUGUAUCCAUCUGAGGAGUGUUUCAUCAACAUUAUUGUCGGACAAUUUGUCAGAUCUGACAACUUUCCUUCAUUCUGAUUGGCUGUGAGGCACUGUUACCGUGAUUACUGUCGGAUAAAAUGGGACAGUCCUUUCGUGAAACGCUCCCCAGAUGUGAUUAUUCACGUCUGGAACCGACCUUUAACGUCACCAUCCGAGAGUUGUGGCCUGGGCUUGGUUUGUGAUGAAUUGCAAAUAUGAAAGAACUGCACUGAUUGGUCCCUGGUCAGUAUUUUAAACCUAAUGGGCGUGUAACAUUGAUAUUGAUUGGUCAGUUCAUUUAGGACUUGAUCGCUAUUUUUUGUGUUAUGGAGCCCAGGGCUCGAACCUUGAACCUCUGCAUCAGUUUGUAACUUCCCCCUAUGUGUAGCUUGGAUUACAAGCGUACACCAAAACGUCCAGUUGUAGCACAAAUUGUGUGGGAGAUCUUUAUUUCACACAGCGGCAAAGAAGUUUGUAAUAUUGAGAAAAAAAAUGAUGCACAUUACAUACAGCACAAUGUUUGUUGCUGUUACGCACAUGAUUUUGUAUGACAGGGCAUCAGUGGAUUGAUCUGAAUUUAAUCCAAUUUUUGUAUGAAAAAUUAGUCAUAUUUUGAAUAUUUGAACAUUUUUAUUUUGAAUAUUUGAAUAUUUGAAUAUUUGAAACAAUAACCUGUUUCAGUAGACAUGUUUACAAAGCCUGGCUCUUGUUUUAUAUGGACUUAUAAUUUUUUUUAUACAUGUACAUAAAAUAACAAAUGUACAAGUUUGUAUUAAAACUACACUGUUUAUCAUGCUAUCAAAUUGAAUGAUUUCAGCAGCUUUAAAUGUGAUUGCAAAAUAGACAUAUGUGCACUAUGGAGGAAACAGGCCCCAGAAGUUAUUCCCUUUUAACUGUAAACUAACAGUAUACAAAUAAUGCACUUAAACGCGUGCAUAUAUGCAGGGCCAAAUGAUGAACGAUGUGCGAGAAGAGCCAAUAGAUAUACCGCACCGAGGUCCGCAGGACCGAGUGCAGUAUAUCCAUUUGGCAAGUCAAGCACAGAGUUCAUUAUUUAGGUCCCCUAUGGACAAGAAUGCGUGUAUUGUUUGUUUUAUACAACCCCCCCUCACCCUUGUAACUGAGUUGCCCCAAAUGCUAUAUUGGAUCUAAAUUCUAGAUAAUUCCAGAACUCGCACUAUCCUGCACUCUGACGUCAGAGUGCAGGAUAGUACAUUUGUUAUGACGUCAGAGUGAAGGAUAUUGCAUUUUGGAUGCAAUAGUGCAAUUUGCUGAAUAUCAUGUGAUCUGAUUUGGACCAAUCAGAUUACAGAAGAUUCUUGGGAGUUAUAUAAUACUGGCACGUAUGCCUAUAAGAUGUACAUGUACUGUAGACUGAAUCAUGUUUAAUAAUAAUAAUAAUAUAGGGUAUUUAUAUUGCGCACAUAUCCACCUUGUUAGGUGCUCAAGGCGCUCCUAUAUUACCCUGCUAAGCUAGGCGUUCAUAGCGCACACAGCUUUUGUUUGAAUAUUUGGUGCCAGAUUUGAUUUAAAUCAGCACUGGAGAAGACUCUAUUUCUGUGACAUUCCAUUAUCAUGUGUUUAAAUUCUAUCUUGCGCUCAUUAUUGAAGAGGCUUUUUAUUUGUGAGGCUGACAGAAUGAGGAUGAUGGUAUACAAAUUUAGUGAGUAGGCAUGAGUGCGAUGGUACGAGAUAUCGCACGAGUUGAAAGAAAGACGCUCUGUUAAGUGUGGCGCAGCCAAGUUGACUGGAGUAUCACUCUUUUUCCAUACAGAAUAUUCUCUAUUUUGGUUGUGCAAUGGCCCAGAAGUUACAGUGGUACUCAAGUCAGUGAACCCCACCAGAAAAUGAACAUAUUUAAAGUUAUCAAGGUAAAUAAUAAUAUGUCCAUUUAUAUAGCACAGUUACUAUGUACAUAUACUCAACUGCGCUUUGAUACUUUGUAUCGUAUUAUUACCCCGGCUGUAGCUGAGCCGCCAUAUUAAAACCUGCCAUGGCCUUGCACGGCGCUAAAGCGUUCAGGAAUAAAUCCUACCGGGUACCCAUUCACCAUUCACAAUUACAAAUAUGUAAUUGUGAAGUCAGGUGAUAACAUACAUUCAAUGAAGUUUGUUUCUCUGGGUUUGCGGAACAUUGUUGUGUUGUUAUCUCCUUUCCACGCUCAGCAUGAAAAUGUGCAUUUUGUGGAAGGGUUCAUUAACUUUUGAGCACAACUAUACAUACAAAGAAUAAUUGACUCUUCCAGCUUGAAUCUAAGUAAUGAGGAAAGAAUUUUCAAAGCAAAAACCUUUCAUAGCAGCAAUGUGUAUUUAGCCAGGUGGCCCUACACAUAUCCUAUUGUAACUGCAUUGUUUACCUAGUACAAUGAAUUGAACUGUAUUUUGACAUUACCUUUAAAAUCAUGCAAUGGUACAUGUUGGAUGGUAUAUGUGCAAUGGUAUGAAUGUUUUUCAUUUAGCCUCAUUUGCUUGCAUACAAGCUAAGUUAGUCGUACAAUAUUAUUAUAUAUUGAAUAAAUACAGUCUUUUACAGAAAGGAAAAAUUAAUUUUCUUUGUAAUUCUGUGAUUUCCUCGAUUAUUAUAUUUUGAAAUGGGAUGAAAAAUAUAUGAGUGUAGUAUGAUUUUAAUGAAUUAUUUGGUAAAUUAUAUUUGUCGGGAAUAUUGAAGAAGUAAACAUGAAACACAGCAUUCCAUAGACAGAA